AUGCACGCCGAUGACGAAUUCAGCAAAGCCUUCGACCACGCCUCCGGCGCAACGGCCGAGAGGUUUCAAAACCCGUUGUGGUUCAUUACGGAGAUAUUCUUCGGUGGCACCUUAAGAAAAAACCUUCAGGUCGUCAAGUCCUAUGGCGCCAAAAUGGUGGACAAGGCCGUUCGUGACAGAAAAUCUGCCUCUACGUCUUUCACAGGAGGUAGUGAAACCGGUAUCGCCGACAAAUCUCAGCAUAUCGAGGGCAGCCUGAUCCAAUCGUUUCUUGACGCCAUUGGUGACAAGAAAAUGGUAGCAGACGCCGCGCUCAACUACCUCCAAAGUUCGACAGGAAGUGAGGAGACCGUUUGA